AUGGAUGAAGACAGAGAGGUUUCCAAACUCUGGCGAGUUUAUAGAACUAUUCAUGAAAUGGUCAGCCAUCGAGGUUAUUUGGUAUCCAAGGCUGAAUUGGAAAUGUCUCUUGACGAUUUCCGCUAUACUUACACCAAAGGCGGCAUCAUAGAUCGCCAAGGCUUGACUUUUCUAGUGCAGCACUCAUCUUCUGAAAAUGAUCAGCUGUUGGUUUUUUUUACAGACGACGACUCGGUUGGCAUUAAGCCUAUUAAAAAGAUUUGCGAACGUAUGAUUUCACAAAGUAUCAUGAAGGGAAUUCUUAUUUACAAGAAAUCGUUGACUCCAUCAGCAAACAAGGUUGUUCAAGAAAUGGCACCCAAGUAUCAGUUGGAGCUGUUCCAAGAAUCUGAACUGCUUGUCAACAUCACUCAGCAUACAUUGGUUCCCGUACACGAAGUGCUGACAGUAGACGAAAAGAAGACGCUUCUUGCUCGAUAUCGUUUAAAAGAAACACAACUUCCUCGCAUACAACCAUCAGAUCCAGUGGCAAGAUACUAUGGUUUGAAACGUGGACAGGUGGUCAAGAUUAUUCGUCCAAGCGAGACUGCUGGAAAAUAUGUGACUUACCGAUUCUGUUUCUGAUUGUCUUGAAUAA